AUGAUAGACGACAUCGACGAGGAAUUAGAAAGAAGGAAAGAAGAGGUAGCAGUGCUAGGGAAAACGAAAAUAUUCAUUAAGAAGUUUGCUGAUGACCAAACGCUGGUAGCAGAGAGACCGGAAGAACUGCAAAGAAUGUUGAAGACGAUGGCAAAAUACAUGGCAAAGAACAAGUUGGAGAUAAACGCAAACAAAUCCAAAGUCAUGAUCUGUAGAAAAGGAGGAAGAAAAAGCAAGAAGGAAAGGUGGAGUAUAAACGAACAGCAACUACAAACGGUGGAAAAUUACAAGUACCUGGGAUACUGGAUCAAUGCAAGAGUACAACCAGGAAAACACGUAAUGGAAAUGGCAAGAAAAACACAGAAAGCAAUAAACUGUACGUGGGGAAUAAUAAAGAGAGCAAAGAUAAAAGGUCUGAAAAGAAGGUUGUACCUGUACGACACUCUGGCAAGAGCGGGUGGACUAUUCGGGGUGGAAAUAUGGGCGUGGAGAGAGAGGCAGCAAGUGGAAAGAGUACAAAACAAGAUAUAUUUGGAGACUGGAAGCAGGAAGGAUGAGCGUGGAAAUAGAGGCGAGGAAAAGGACAGUAAAAUACCUGAUGGAAGUAUUAAAAAUGGGGAGAUAGAUGGCCAAGAAGAUGCUUACAAGACGAAAUGA